AUGGAAUCUAUUAAGCCGACAAGCGAGGAAUUGCAACACUACAUGAAACACCCUAAAUACAUACGUAAUGUGUGCAUAUUGGCGCAUGUAGACCACGGUAAAACGACUUUAUGCGAUGCUUUAUUGUCUACAAAUCGCUUGAUAAGUAAACGACUGGCUGGGACUGUACGUUACUUAGACGACAGGCAGGAUGAGCAGGAAAGGGGGAUAACAAUGAAAAGUAGCGCUGUAUCACUGUUAAACGUUAUUAAAGACGACGAUAUGAAGGAUAUACCCAUUCUUUUGAACUUGAUUGACACGCCAGGUCAUAUCGACUUUAGCAGUGAAGUUGGGGCUGCGUUGAGGGUUAUAGAUGGCGCUGUUGUUCUGGUAGACUUGGCUGAGGGUGUUUGCGUGCAGACUAGGGAAUGUAUUAAGAAAGCGAUGCAGGAAAAAGCGCAGAUGAUUCUUGUUCUGAAUAAGUUUGAUAGAUUGAUUGUGGAGAUGAAGUUGGACACAGAGGAGAUUUUCAAUUACAUUUUGAGAGCUAUAGAGAGUUGUAAUGUCGUCGUUGCCGAGAUGUACCAAAUUGAAUACCCGGAUGUAAACGUUGAUGUGGAGGAUAGCGGUUUUUUGUUCAGCCCUGAUGCAGGGAAUGUUAUUUUCGCGUCUGCCAUACACGGGUGGGGUUUCACCUUACAACAUUUAGCGAAAUUGUUUUUACCACUAAUUAACGACGAAACAGUGGAAAGUUUGAACUCCAAGCUGUGGAACUUUGAUUGCUAUGUUGACAACAAAAAACAAGUCAAACUUGGCGCCAUUUCCAAAGGAAAAGACAACUUAUUCAAGCAGUUCUGCAUCAAAACGAUAAUGACUAUAUACGAAAUUAUCGUGGUGAGAAUGGACAAAACAAAAGUUAGUAACAUACUGCAAAAGUUAGGUAUCACAACAACAACUAAAGAUAUGUUACAUACAGACCCAAAAAUCCAGAUUAAAGCUAUAAUGCAGACCUGGAAACCCAUCGCGGAAACAAUACUUUUGCAGUGCUUCAACAUCUUUAAAAAUCCCAGUGUUAUGUUGGAAAAUAAGGCGAACUACCUUCUAAACAUCACCAGACAUUCCGGCGACCCAAACGCUUUAAAAUGCAUUGAAAAUAUUAAACCGCAUCUCUUACAAUCGUCAAGUUCAUCUGAAACCGUCGCCUACGUUUCAAAGAUGUAUUGUAUCGAUAAAAAGAACUUAGGUGGGUCCAAAAUUGUAAUGCCGUCGUCCAGAAAAGAUGCUUUGGAGAAACAACUACACAAAAUGAACAUAAACGACGAGGCAACCCCUGAAGUACCCAUAAUUAAGGAGAGUAAUAUUCAGGUUAUAGCGCUUGCAAGGGUCUUUACGGGUACUCUAAAAAUCGGGCAAGAAAUAUACGUAUUGCCGCCAAAUUACAAACCCGGCGAUAAAAACACCGAGAAAGUGGUCAUAAACGAUUUGUACAUGUUGUUCGGCAAAGAUUUAAUGUCGGUAAGGGAAGUUCCGCCCGGGAACUUCUGCGGUGUGUCAGGUUUAGAAAACACAGUCUUAAGAACAGCCACGUUAUCCAGUACUUUAAAUAUGGUUCCGUUCUUCGAAAGCCCGGCUAUGGAACCCGUAAUAAGAAACUCCAUAGAACCAGUCAACACAAAAGAUCUGCCUGUACUGAGGGAAGGUUUGAAGUUAUUGAUGCAGAGCGAUUCCUGCGUGCAAAUAUUGAUACAAGAGAACGGAGAAAUGGUUCUAUUGACUGCUGGUGAUGUGCACUUGGCUAAAUGUAUAGAAGAUUUAACGAAGAAAUUCGCUAAAAUAGAAGUCAACGUAUCGAGUCCUAUGGUGGCACUAAGAGAGGCUGUGCUGGGUGGUGAUACAGAUGAUUUUUUGAGCAACAUAGACAACUAUAUUAACGUUAAGAAUGAGAAUUUUGAGCUUAAUUUAAUCGCCAUUGAAGUUCCACCAAGUAUAAUGAAGGUUUUGGAGGGUAACUACCACCUACUGAGGGAUAUAGAAGAUAGUAAGAAAAAAUCUUUGAUCGACAUUGUGAAUUUGCUUAGCAAUGAGGAUAAAAGUGCGAAAAAUGAAGACACGUACUUUAAACUAAUAGAAGCGUCAAUAAAACACUUUAAAGAAUCACUUUCCAGUGCUUUAGUUGACACCGAAAGUAUAUGGCGUAAGUUGGAUGACAAAAUAUGGAGUAUAGGGCGAAAUUCACAAUCCAUCAACAUCCUUGUCAACAACGUAUCCGACUUCAAACACAGCAUAUUCGUAAGCAUCGAAAACAACGACAAACGCUUAUUUUUCGAUCAAUGUAUAGUGAACGCUUUCGAUACUGUGUGUAAAGCGGGUCCCAUAUGCGAUGAGCCGCUGAUGAACGUAGCGUUCGUAAUAAAAGACUUCAAGUUGUUCGACGAUAUCAACAUAGAAGAUAUUUCACCGCAAUUCACAUCGAACAUCGAGGGUUUGGUGAGGAGUGCGCUAAGGAAAGCGUUCGAUAAAAGAGAGAGGCGUCUGUUGGAACCGAUGUUCACAACCGACAUCCAAGUGAACACCAACAUCCUAGGCAAAGUCUACUCGGUGGUCAGCAAAAGAAACGGAAAGGUUUUAGACGCCGUCGGCAUGGACGAAGAGGAAAAAACUUACCUGGUAAAAGCGCAAAUCCCGGUCAUCGAAAGCAUAGGCUUCGCGAACGAAAUACGAACGACCACCUCGGGUCAGGCGAACCCGAACUUGAAGUUCAGCCACUACGAGGUUAUAGACGGCGAUCCGUACUACGAACCUGUCGAAGGUGACGACGACGAAGACGAGGAUUUGAAUGUGGAGUCGGCCUUGAGAGCGAGCAGGAUCAGGAAGGAUGUCAGGACUAGAAAGGGGCUGUAUGUGGAAGAUGAAGUCGUUACGCACGCGGAAAAACAAAGGACUUUAAAUAAAAAGAAGUAG